AUGGUGGCGGUGGCGGCGGCGACUCAGGCGAGGCUGAGGAGGAGGACGGCGGCGACGACAGCGCCUGCGGGCAGGAACGGCGGGCAGCGCCGGGACUGGGACGCGACCGGGGCUGGGAGGCCGGGGCUGGGGGCCGGGCUGCGCCUCCCGCGGCGGCUGCUGCUGCUGCUGCUGCUGCUCCCGCCGCUGCUGCUGCUGCCCUGGGCGGCCGAGGCCGCGGCGGCGGCGGCAGCGGUGUCGGGCUCAGCCGCAGCUGAGGCCAAGGAAUGUGACCGACCCUGUGUCAACGGCGGCCGCUGCAACCCUGGCACCGGUCAGUGCGUCUGCCCCGCUGGCUGGGUGGGCGAGCAAUGCCAGCACUGCGGGGGCCGCUUCAGACUAACUGGAUCUUCUGGGUUUGUGACAGAUGGACCUGGAAAUUAUAAAUAUAAAACGAAGUGCACAUGGCUUAUUGAAGGACAGCCAAAUAGAAUAAUGAGACUCCGUUUCAAUCAUUUUGCUACAGAGUGUAGUUGGGACCAUUUAUAUGUUUAUGAUGGAGACUCAAUUUAUGCACCACUAGUUGCUGCCUUUAGUGGCCUCAUCGUCCCUGAGAGAGAUGGCAACGAGACUGUCCCUGAGGUUGUUACCACAUCAGGUUAUGCCCUGCUGCAUUUUUUUAGUGAUGCUGCUUAUAAUUUGACUGGAUUUAAUAUCACUUACAAUUUUGACAUGUGUCCGAACAACUGCUCAGGCCGAGGAGAAUGUAAGAGCAGUAAUAGCAGCAACACUGUCCAAUGUGAAUGUUCGAAAAACUGGAAAGGGGAAGCAUGCGAUAUUCCUCACUGUGUCCAUGACUGUGGUUUUCCUUAUCGAGGCGUUUGCAAUUCAAGCGAUGUCAGAGGAUGCUCCUGCUUCCCCGAGUGGCAGGGUCCUGGAUGUUCGAUUCCUGUGCCAGCUAACCAGUCAUUUUGGACUCGAGAGGAAUAUUCUAACCUAAAGCUCCCCAGGGCCUCUCACAAAGCUGUGGUCAAUGGAAAUAUAAUGUGGGUUGUUGGAGGAUAUAUGUUCAACCACUCAGAUUACAACAUGGUUCUAGCGUAUGACCUUGCUUCUAGGGAGUGGCUUACCCUGAAUCGUUCUGUGAACAAUGUGGUUGUCAGAUAUGGCCAUUCUUUAGCAUUAUACAAGGAUAAAAUUUACAUGUAUGGAGGAAAAAUUGAUUCAACAGGGAACGUGACCAAUGAGUUGAGAGUGUUCCAUAUUCAUAAUGAGUCAUGGGUGUUAUUGACCCCGAAAGCCAAGGAGCAGUAUGCAGUGGUCGGGCACUCGGCACACAUCGUCAAAUUGAAAACUGGCCGAGUGGUCAUGCUGGUCAUCUUUGGUCAUUGCCCUCUCUAUGGAUAUAUAAGCAAUGUACAGGAAUAUGACUUGGCUAAGAACACGUGGAGUAUAUUACAAACGAAUGGUGCCCUUGUCCAAGGGGGCUAUGGUCAUAGCAGUGUCUAUGAUCAUAGGACCAAGGCCCUUUAUGUUCAUGGGGGCUACAAGGCUUUCAGUGCCAAUAAGUACCGCCUCGCAGAUGAUCUCUACAGAUACGAUGUGGACACCCAGAUGUGGACCAUUCUUAAGGACAGCCGAUUUUUCCGUUACUUACACACAGCUGUGAUAGUGAGUGGAACCAUGCUGGUGUUUGGAGGAAACACACACAACGACACAUCCAUGAGCCAUGGUGCCAAAUGCUUCUCUUCAGAUUUUAUGGCUUAUGACAUUGCUUGUGACCGCUGGUCAGUGCUUCCCAGACCUGAUCUCCACCACGAUGUCAACAGAUUUGGCCAUUCCGCAGUCUUACACAACAGCACCAUGUAUGUAUUUGGUGGUUUCAAUAGUCUCCUCCUCAGUGACAUCCUCGUAUUUACCUCAGAACAGUGUGGAGCACACAGGAGUGAAGCUGCUUGUCUGGCAGCAGAACCUGGCAUCCGGUGUGUGUGGGAUACGGGGUCAUCUCAGUGUAUCUCCUGGGAAUUGGCCACUGAAGCACAAGAAGAAAAGUUAAAAUCAGAAUGUUUUUCCAAAAGAACUCUUGACCACGACAGAUGUGACCAGCACACGGAUUGUUACAGCUGCACAGCCAACACCAAUGACUGUCACUGGUGCAGUGACCAUUGUGUCCCCGUGAACCACAGCUGCACGGAAGGCCAGAUCUCCAUUUCCAGAUACGAGAAUUGUCCCAAGGAUAACCCCAUGUACUACUGUAACAAGAAGACCAGCUGUAGGAGCUGUGCCCUGGACCAGAACUGCCAGUGGGAGCCCCGCAAUCAGGAGUGCAUCGCCCUGCCUGAAAAUAUCUGUGGCAUUGGCUGGCAUUUGGUUGGAAACUCGUGUUUGAAAAUUACUACUGCCAAGGAGAAUUAUGACAAUGCUAAAUUGUCCUGUAGGAACCACAAUGCCUUUUUGGCUUCUCUUACAACCCAGAAGAAGGUAGAAUUCGUCCUUAAACAGCUGCGGAUAAUGCAGUCAUCACAGAGCAUGUCCAAGCUCACGUUAACCCCAUGGGUUGGCCUUCGGAAGAUCAACGUGUCCUACUGGUGCUGGGAAGAUAUGUCCCCAUUCACAAAUACUUUGCUACAGUGGAUGCCAUCUGAGCCCAGUGAUGCUGGAUUCUGUGGGAUCUUGUCAGAGCCCAGUACUCGGGGCUUGAAGGCUGCAACCUGCAUCAACCCACUCAAUGGCAGUGUCUGUGAGAGGCCUGCAAACCACAGCGCCAAGCAGUGCCGGACGCCGUGUGCCCUGCGGACGGCGUGCGGGGAAUGCACCAGCGGCAGCUCCGAGUGCAUGUGGUGCAGCAACAUGAAGCAGUGCGUGGACUCCAACGCCUACGUGGCCUCCUUCCCUUUCGGCCAGUGUAUGGAGUGGUACACCAUGAGCAGCUGCCCCCCUGAAAAUUGUUCAGGCUAUUGUACCUGCAGCCAUUGCCUGGAGCAGCCAGGCUGCGGCUGGUGCACUGAUCCCAGCAACACUGGCAAAGGCAAAUGCAUAGAGGGCUCCUAUAAAGGACCAGUGAAGAUGCCUUCUCAGGCCCCUGCCGGGAAUUCUUACCCACAGCCCCUUCUGAAUGCCAGCAUGUGCCUGGAGGACAGCAGAUACAACUGGUCUUUCAUUCAUUGUCCAGCAUGCCAGUGCAAUGGCCACAGCAAGUGCGUUAAUCAGAGUAUAUGUGAGAAGUGUGAGAACCUGACCACAGGCAAGCACUGCGAGACCUGCAUAUCUGGCUUCUAUGGUGAUCCCACCAACGGGGGAAGGUGUCAGCCCUGCAAGUGCAACGGGCAUGCAUCGCUGUGUAACACCAACACGGGCAAGUGCUUCUGCACCACCAAGGGCGUCAAGGGGGACGAGUGCCAGCUAUGUGAGGUAGAAAAUCGAUACCAGGGAAACCCUCUCAAAGGAACGUGUUAUUAUACUCUUCUCAUUGACUAUCAGUUCACCUUUAGCCUAUCCCAGGAAGAUGACCGCUAUUACACAGCCAUCAAUUUUGUGGCUACCCCUGAUGAACAAAACAGGGAUUUGGACAUGUUCAUCAAUGCCUCCAAAAACUUUAACCUCAACAUCACCUGGGCUGCCAGCUUCUCAGCUGGAACCCAGGCUGGAGAAGAGAUGCCUGUUGUUUCAAAAACCAACAUUAAGGAGUACAAAGAUAGCUUCUCUAAUGAGAAGUUUGAUUUUCGCAACCACCCAAAUAUCACUUUCUUCGUUUAUGUCAGUAAUUUCACCUGGCCCAUCAAAAUUCAGAUCGCCUUCUCCCAGCACAGCAAUUUUAUGGACCUGGUACAGUUCUUCGUGACUUUCUUCAGUUGUUUCCUCUCUUUGCUCCUGGUGGCUGCUGUGGUUUGGAAGAUCAAACAAAGUUGCUGGGCCUCCAGGCGGAGAGAGCAACUUCUUCGAGAGAUGCAGCAGAUGGCCAGUCGCCCCUUUGCCUCCGUAAACGUUGCCUUGGAAACAGAUGAAGAGCCUCCUGAUCUUAUUGGGGGGAGUAUAAAGACCAUUCCCAAACCCAUUGCCCUGGAGCCGUGUUUUGGCAACAGAGCUGCUGUCCUCUCUGUGUUUGUGAGGCUCCCUCGAGGCCUUGGUGGAAUCCCUCCUCCUGGGCAGUCAGGUCUCGCGGUGGCCAGCGCCCUGGUGGACAUUUCUCAGCAGAUGCCAAUAGUGUACAAAGAGAAGUCAGGAGCCGUGAGAAACCGGAAGCAGCAGCCCCCCGCGCAGCCCGGGACCUGCAUCUGAGGCUGGGCUGGGGACUCUCCGUGAGCGAGCCAGGGGGGGCGGCGUGCCGGCGCCGUCUGCAGGGAGGGGGCAGGCGGGGAGACGCUGCGUGGAGCGGGCCGAAGACUGGAAACCCUCGACACAUCCGACUCCUCUGCAUGUUCACAAGCUUUCUUUGCCGGUUUCUCCCAUCUGUGCUCCAGCAUCUAACCUUUUACUUUUGCAUAGGAAAUAAUGGAUUGAAUAGCAGGUCCAGGGGGGAUCCAGUUGUUGCUGGAGGAGGCCGGGGCAGAGCCAGUGAGAGAGCUGGGAGCGACACUCAGGUUCACUUGCGGAAAACUGUUCUUGGGGCCGUCUCAACUUGCAAAAAAAAACAAAAGAUGUAGUGUUUACAAGUAGACAUUCACCACCAGUCGUUCUUGAACAUGGUCUUUUAAAAACUAGUCAGAUGAAUGAAUUUGUUCUCAUCUGAAGCCUGCUAUCUUUUUUAAAAGAUGUGCUACUUAUUCUCGCACGACGUAGGCAAAUCUCUCUCUUGCAGGGAGUAGCUUUUUUCUAGUUGAGAACUCACAAUGGUCCAUCUCUUUUGAAUCAUACCAAACUAAGGUAGAAGGGGGCUAUUUUAAAUGUCAAGGUCAGCAGUGUUACCUAGAAUGUAAACUGAUGUAAUAGGUAGUUUUCUAUAGCAACUUGAUUAAUUUAGUCUUAAUCCAUUUGAAAUCCUCUCCCUCUGUCUCUCCCUCUCUCUUGUCUCUCUCUUUCUCUCUCUC